GAGAGAGAGACCAGUGCGCCAACAGACAAUCACCACUCAGUUAGUUGCAGCACCUUGUAACGGACAAUUCUCCCCAGUCAGCCAUUCAGCCAGAGAAGCGGCCAGAAUGGAGAACCUGUACGAGACUGUUGCGGAGGGGAAUGUGUACGAGCGGCCCGACAGUCCUGCUGAGGCCAAGUAUGAGAACCAAGGAGUUAUCUAUGAAACCCCCGGUGAGGUGAAAGAGGCGCUGUACAGAGAGGUGCAGGUGCACUCAUCCCCGAGAGGGGAGCAGUCCUCGCCCGACUACAUGGACACCAGAGACGCACCGGAACAGGCAGCAGAGAAAGAUGGUUCUCCUUCAUCCUCCUCUUCCAGCAACGAGGAGGAGAAGUGCGCGGUGGAGGAGAUGAAAUUAGCGGUAGUCGUUGAGGCUGUGUUGGAGGUUAACGGUGAUGGAGCUGGCUCGAGACGGGCAUCAUCUUCAUCCUCCUCCUCUUCCUCCUCCGAGCACGAGGGCAACCUGCAGGGCAGGCUGGUGGAUGCCUACAUCCACAGUGAGAAGAGUCUGAGCGACAAGGAGGAGGAAGAACCGGUGGACUACAGCCUGAAGACCUUCGAGACUCUAGAAGCCACAACUCUGGAUGAGAACAGUGCCACUCCUGCCGAUCCCACUGCGCCCGAUAUCUCCCUGUUUGUCAAGGCGGGUAGUGAUGGAGAGAGCAUUGGUAACUGUCCGUUCUCCCAGCGUCUCUUCAUGAUCCUGUGGCUGAAGGGAGUGGUCUUCAAUGUCACCACCGUCGACCUCAAGAGGAAGCCAGCUGACCUACAUAACCUAGCCCCAGGGACCCAUCCUCCCUUCCUGACCUUUAAUGGAGAGGUGAAGACAGACAUCAACAAGAUAGAAGAGUUCCUGGAGGAUGUACUGGCUCCACCCAAGUACCCCAAGUUGGCCGCCAAGCAGAGAGAGUCCAACACGGCAGGAAACAACAUAUUUGCCAAGUUCUCAGCGUACAUCAAGAACACCAAGCCUGAAGCUAAUGAAGUCCUGGAGAAGGGUCUGUUGAAGGCGCUGAAGAAGUUAGAUGGCUACCUGGUUAGUCCCCUCCCGGAGGAGAUCGAUGCAGACAGCAUGGAGGAGGAGAGGGUGUCCACCAGACGCUUCCUGGAUGGAGAUGAGCUCACGCUGGCUGACUGCAACCUACUGCCCAAACUACAUAUAGUCAAGGUGGUUGCUAAGAAGUAUCGUAACUAUGAGAUUCCGUCUGAGCUGGGUGGGGUGUGGCGCUAUCUGAAGAACGCCUACACACGAGACGAGUUCACCAACACCUGCGCUGCCGACAGCGAGAUAGAGACGGCUUACAUGGACGUGGCCAAGAGACUGGCCAAGUAACCCCUGACCCCUGACCCCCGACCCCCGACCCCGACCCCGACCCCUG